AUGCCCGUGUGGCUGCACCCUUCGCAUGUCCAUGUGCAACUUGACGACGCGAGCACUGGCCUCGCGCGCCAGGUGCCUCAGCCCCUAGCUCAGAUCCAACCCCGCAAGCUGGUGAGGGAGGACGGCGACCAAAGCCGAGGGGAAACCUUGAGCGAAUGCCUGAAGAGCUUGGUGACCAGCGGCUCCAAGUGGCAAGACCUCAGCAGGACCAAUGAGGUCCAAUUUGUGGACGGAGAGGUCGUCACGAAAUAUUCUUCCAUCGGAGUGGACUUCAGCCUUUCGCUCCUGUGUACAGAUGUGACCUGGACUCGGAUACCCACGCCUGAGUUCGAUUCCAUGCAAACGCCCUUCGAUCGGGCCGAGACGGAAGAGAUCCCAGAGGUGAAGUUCCUGAUCGGCCUGGCUCCCCGCUGGAAGCGCAUGCAGAUGGCGCCCUUGGAGUCCUUCGACGACGGCACGGACGAGCUCUGGGUGCUCUGUGCAAGCUUCCAGGUCGGCACACCCGAGAUGGAGUCCUUUCUGCGAGUCCUGCAGAGAAGCGGUGCUCUCAGGUGGGACAUUGACGAGGAGUACGUGUUUCACAGACAGGUCAUUGGACGGGGCUCCUCGAGCAUUUCGCGGCGAGGCCUCUUGCGCCGCAGUUUUCGCGAGCUCUCGGUGUUGGUGGACGAAAGUCAUUCGGAGGAAGAGCCCGCCUCGCCGCCCUGCGAUCCGGUGGCCAUCAAGAUCAUGAAGCACCCGGAAUCGGACGAGGAGGCACAGUCGAUAGUGAACGAAGUUCGUUUUCUGGCCGCGAGUUGUCAGCAUCCGAACAUCGUGCAGUUGCUCGGAACCUUCUGCGCAAAGUGGAGGGGCAAAUCACUCUGGCUUCUGGCGCUGGAGCUCUGUAGUGGUGGUCGUCUUCAAGAUCAUGUGAAGAUCUACGGACACCUCGAGCCCAUCACUGGGGAGGGUGCGAGUGUGGGACUCCUCUCGGCAGUAGCCCACUUGCACGGACGUCGGAUUCUUCACAGAGACAUCCGGCCUCAGAACAUUCUCCUCGCAGAGAAUCUUCGACCCGUGCUGGUGAACUUCGGCAACGCCUGCCGUUUUGAGGACGCGAGCCUCAGCGUCGCCCGGCGGACGGCCCGAACGGAUGGGUACACCGCACCGGAAGUCAUCGACGCACGCUUGGGUACUCAGGGUCCCGCAAGCGACGUCUUCAGUACGGCGGCCACUGUCCUUUUGAUGCUCACUGGCAUCGAGCCCUGCAACGAGGCGAAGAGUGCGGAGCAGACCUUGACGGGAAACGCGAGACUCGACGAGCUGGCAGCCAGCAAGCUCAACACCCCCACCGUCGGUUUGCUGCAGCGCCUGCUGGCGCGGAAUGCGCGGAAGCGCCCAACGGCCUGUCAGGCCUGCAUGAUGCUGCAUGAGGAGGCGGCCGAAGAGGUGCAGGAGCUGCCGGUCUUCGAGAAGGCCGUCACAGCGCUGUCCAUGACGCUGGCGGCGACGGGAGGCGCAGAUCGCGGCUCUCACGUUGGCUUGGCCUCUAUCGAUGAGAGCGAGGACCUAGAGGAGCUCAUGCAAUCGGCUGCGGAAGGAUCUUCCAGCUUCGCUGGCGGUGCCCCCGCGGCCCCCAUGAGCGACCUUGCCGGCGGCUACUCAUCAGGCCAUGCGAGGCCUCCCCCACCACCAGGCGGGGCGGGCCCUGCGCCAUUGCCGUUUGAGCCUUCGCCGACGCCGACGCCGCCCACGUCGCCGACGUCGCCGUCCCCGUCCUCCUUCACGCCGCAGCCCCCGAGCGCUCCGAGCCCUCGGAAGAGCGGGAGGCUCUUCCCGGGAAGGUCCCGUUCCGUGAAUGAGUAG